AUGGCACGACAAAGAGGUCUUUCAAAUGCCUCUUCGGCCUCUUCGGCUCCAGAUCAGGAGCUGGGGAGCAUGUACGACUAUCUAGCGAAGAUCAUCCUCCUAGGACCCAGCGGUGCCGGAAAGUCCUGUGUACUACACCGAUUCGUCAAAGAAGAAUGGCGGGUCCUCUCCUCUCAGACCAUCGGUGUUGAAUUCGCCUCGCGAAUCGUGAAACUAGGCACAGGCCCUCGCAAACGCCGCAUCAAACUCCAACUCUGGGACACAGCAGGGACAGAGCGCUUCCGCUCCGUCUCCCGCUCCUACUACCGCGGCGCAGCGGGCGCAGUCCUAAUCUACGAUGUCGCCUCCUACGCCUCCUUCGCUUCCCUCCCGACCUUCCUAAUGGAUGCUCGCGCCCUAGCAUCUCCCAACCUAUCCGUCAUCCUAGCAGGCAAUAAAGUCGAUCUCGCAGAUGAGGAUGAGCGUCCUCCGCCCACACCCACGGCCUCCAGCGUCUCCAGUCGUGUCUCGUCCAUCCCUUGGGAGAAUGGUUCGAUUCGAUCGAGUCCCGGGACGAGAUUGACGGCCACGCGGGCGGAGAGGGAGAUCAGUGCGGAGGAGACGUCGCAUUGGGCGGCGAAGUGUAAUAUACCCGUGGCGGUGGAGGUGAGUGCUUUGACAGGGGAUGGAGUGGAGGAGAUAUUUAAUCGAUUGGCGAGGAUGAUUCUUACCAAGAUUGAACUUGGGGAGAUUGACCCUGAUGAUCCCUCCAGUGGGAUCCAGUAUGGCGAUGGGGGUCUUUAUCAUGGGAGUGAUGAGAGUAUUCGAAGUCGGGCCACCGAUGACAAUUCCAUGCCGAUGCGCAGGAGAAGAACGGGGAGACCGCCGUCUGGGAAUGGGUGGAAGGGAGGUAUGAGGGAGUGGGAGGAUGUGUUUCGAUUAGGCUCAAGUCGAAGAAAUCAGGGCUGUUGCUGA